AUGGCGAUCAGCGUUCCGUGCGAUGCUGACCCUCCACAGGUCUCACAAACGCGAACUACACAACCGCAGAACGAUUCGGAUUCGAAUACGUUACCACUAAGCAAUCAAGAACCGGUGACUACUACACCUAUAGCUAAACCACGAACUAUUAGAUCGAUGUCUGGUGCUGAUCGGAAGCCGGUACCGCCUGUUCGAAAGCUGUUGUCUGUUCCAUCUCUAGUGAAUGUGCGCAAUAAUCAACCCAUUAGACAGCCGAUCAACGUCAUUAUUGAUGUGAACAAUAGUCUUUGGCGAAAUAUUCGAAUUCAAGAUAUGGACGAGAAUCUACUAAACGGUGAUUACUCAGUAACCAUUGCUGAACAGCAACAACAACGACAACAACAAUCUUCCAACGUCAACAACAACGCAUCGCCAUGUCGACGAACUAGACAAUGUGCAGAGAAUCGAAGCAAACGCGAAAAUGAUCCGAUUAGUGUGCAGGUGGAGGACAUAACACAUUGUGAAGCUACUUUACAUGAUGUGGACGCGUCAUCGAGUUACGAGUGCGAUGAAACAAUUUUCAACCUGGAUCAGAGCAUAAUGAGGAUGGGACCAGAGUGGGUCGUACCUCAAGAGUACUCUAGUAGUCCCAUUGUUCAGGAGUUAGCUGAGUCAUGCGAAGAGCGUCCAAAACCUCCACUGAUUUCACAAUACGCUAGUUCGUUGGCGGUGACUACACCUGUCGCAAGGAUAUCUCGCCAGGAGAAAAAAGUCUCGAUCCUCGAACAAAUAGUGCGGAGUCAUCCAAUAUGGUAUUUGCAACACAUUGGUCGGCCAACCGCUACUCAUCUUUUGCGACAGAUGGAACCAGGAAAUUUUAUUGUGCGUGCCUCUUCGAAAAAGGGAUGUAUGGCGAUAUCUGUGCGACUGCCAGGCGAACAUGAUAUGAAGACUGAACACUAUAUUGUAGAAUACGGUGAAACAGGAAGUGCUAUUCGCUUAGAGAGUAGUCCGUACUCAUUUCGAUCUCUGCCGCUACUUAUUGAGCAUUAUUGUUCACAUUCAGAGGAGCUUCAAGUUCGUCUGCGUCUUCCAACUGCUGUUAUGUUAUGUCGGACCACCAAAGAGCUGCAAUCUGUGGCACUUUUGGGUCAAGGUGAACAUGUCAUUUAA